CUUUUUCUACGAACCAACGAUAAUGUUGGCCACUGUCUCGGUGCUCGGAAAACGAAAAGCAUCAGUCUCUGAAAACAAGGGCUAUGUUCUGCAUCUUAAUUCAAGCCCAGAGCCCCAGACCGCACUCUCCGAGUCGGACUACGAGCCCGAAGCAUCAUCUAGUAAAAAACCGGUCACCAUCAGUGGCAAGCUCAUAUCAGGGACAACAAAACGGUAUCAGUGCACUGUUGAUGGCUGCGGAAAAGCAUAUUCGAAGCCGUCGCGUUUAGAAGAGCAUUCACGCUCGCACACGGGUAUACGUCCGUUUGUAUGCAGCACUUGCCAGAAAUCCUACCUUAGGGAGACUCAUCUGCAGGCCCAUGCGCGUGUCCAUCUUCCUACAUCUGAGCGACCUUACGUUUGCUCAUUGCCAAACUGUGAAAAACGUUUUUGGACUCAACAACACCUACGCGCUCAUGUCGACUGGCAUAAGGGCCUGAAAACAUUCCCAUGUACAGAACCAGAUUGUAAUGAUAUGUUUGGAAAACAUCAUCAACUCCGUUCUCAUAUCUGCAGUGCACACUCUCCUCCCGGCACCAAACCUUAUUCUUGCACUCACGCAGGAUGCACAAAGUCUUUCGAUACUAAUCAACAUCUACGUACCCAUUCACGAGUGCACAAUGACAAACGCUACACUUGUGUCAAUGAAACGUGCCUGCCCACUGCUGAACUUCCCAUCGUUUUCUAUCCCACUUGGACGGCGCUUCAGCACCAUACGCGCAUGGCCCAUCCGCCUACUUGUACGGAUUCGUCCUGCAAUGGGCGUGUUUUUGCGUCCCAGAAAGGCCUGCGAGCGCACCAAAAAACCCACGAGCAGCGCGAUGAAGAAAUCCAGUUGAAUGCAGUCGUCGCUGAAUCUGACCGGGAUGACGAACAACCGCCAAAAAAACGUCGUAGGGGGGGUGAACAUGGAAGAGACUGGAAAUGUGAAGUCGAAGGUUGCGAAAAGGACUUCAAAUCUAGUAAAGCUCUGAAUGUGCACCACAAAGUCACUCAUUUAGGCCGUAAAGACUUCGUUUGCUCUCACGAAAGUUGUGGCGCCAGUUUUGGCUACAAGCACCUUCUUCAACGUCACGUCGUCAGGCUUCAUUUCAAACAUUCCGAUAAUUCCUCUGUUGACAAGAGGGAUGCUUACCAAGACGCUAGCUCUAGCUCAGGUUCUGACGUUGCAACUAAGCCGCUUAUGGGUAUCGAAGAUAUAACCGGCAGUGCCUACUCCAGUCGCGCUCAAGAGCUUCUAGGCACUACUCAAGCCAUACGAUGUCCUUAUCCUCAUCUCCAGGAUAUCUCUCUUGUCCUUUGUUCGAGAGAUGAUGAAACCGCUACCGAACAGCUCGGGGGAACGGAAAGCACACUAGCUGGUCCAAAUUGCGCCUACGUCUUCCGCCGCGCGUAUGAUUUGCGUCGACAUUUGCGUGCGAUUCAUAAGGUGGAGGUUGAGAAAGAGAGUACUGAUUCGUGGGUGAGCAAAAUGAAGCUGAAAAAAAUUGGUACAUAAAAUAGAAUUCUGUAUUCCCCUAUGUAGUACAUCCUAGUACAUCCCUACACAAUUGCAAUGUACAUAUGUACGUUAGUUAUUCUUAUGUCCUUCUUUAGCCCGCAGCAAUCAAAAAGGGCUGUGCUUGAGCCUUGGAAAAAUC